UGUGUGUGUGCCAGGUCGUGUUUGUGUGUGUGUGUGUGUGUGUGUGUGUGUGUGUGUGCCCCUGCCCCGCCCUCCGCUGCAGGUGGGCUGGGCCGGCCGCGGGGCCCGCAGCGCUCGCAGCUCUUGGCUGGCGGCCGCGCCGGGCUAGCAGGGCUGGGCUGGGGCUGCGGGGCGGCGCCGGGACAGGAAGCGGAAAGCAGCAGAGAGCAGCGGCCGCGGCGGGGCUGUGCCUCCACUGCAGCCCAGCGCAGGCCGCGGAGCCGGGGCGCUGCAGCCGAGAGCGCGGGCGUGGAACGCGGCGGGCCGGCGCCGGGAGUCCUGUUGAGGAGUAGUGUCUCUGAGUCCUACGAGGCCUUCAGAGCUAGUCGGUGAGACAGCACGUGGGAGAACAGCUCCUGCUCCUUCAUCAGAGGAAGCUUGCCAUUGCUAUGGAUACCGAAUCCACGUAUUCUGGAUAUUCCUACUACUCAAGCCAUUCAAAAAAGUCUCACAGGCAAGGGGAAAGAACAAGAGAAAGACACAAAUCACCGAGGAAUAAAGAUGGCAGAGGGUCAGAAAAGUCUGUCACCAUCCAGGCUCCCGCUGGAGAACCCCUGCUGGCAAAUGACUCUGCCCGCACAGGCACAGAGGAAGUUCAGGAUGACAACUGGGGAGAGACCACCACCGCCAUCACAGGUACCUCAGAGCACAGUAUAUCCCAAGAGGACAUUGCCAGGAUUAGCAAGGACAUGGAGGACAGUGUGGGGCUGGAUUGCAAGCGCUACCUGGGCCUCACCGUUGCCUCGUUCCUUGGACUACUCGUCUUCCUUACCCCCAUUGCCUUCAUCCUGCUACCCCAGAUCCUGUGGAGGGAGGAGCUGAAACCCUGUGGCGCCAUUUGUGAGGGACUUCUCAUUUCUGUAUCGUUCAAACUGCUUAUCCUGCUCAUCGGAACCUGGGCACUUUUCUUCCGCAAGCAAAGAGCAGAUGUGCCGCGGGUGUUUGUGUUCCGAGCUCUGUUAUUGGUCCUUAUCUUUCUUUUUGUGGUUUCUUAUUGGCUUUUUUAUGGGGUCCGCAUUUUGGACUCUCGGGACCAAAAUUACAAAGACAUCGUGCAAUACGCAGUCUCUCUUGUGGACGCUCUGCUUUUCAUCCACUACCUUGCCAUUGUCCUGCUGGAGCUGAGGCAGCUGCAACCCAUGUUCACACUGCAGGUGGUCCGCUCCACCGAUGGAGAGUCCCGCUUCUACAGCUUGGGACACUUGAGCAUCCAGCGAGCAGCCUUGGUGGUUCUGGAAAAUUACUACAAGGACUUCACCAUCUACAACCCGAACCUCCUGACAGCAUCCAAAUUCCGAGCAGCCAAGCACAUGGCUGGCCUGAAAGUCUACAAUGUAGAUGCUGCCCUUAUGGCCAAACUGAAACUCUGUGUAGCAGAUGGGCCCAGUAACAAUGCCACUGGUCAGUCCCGAGCUAUGAUUGCCGCAGCAGCUCGGCGCAGGGACUCCAGCCACAACGAGUUGUAUUAUGAAGAGGCGGAACACGAACGGAGGGUGAAGAAGCGGAGAGCAAGACUGGUAGUGGCUGUGGAAGAAGCCUUCAUCCACAUCCAGCGUCUCCAGGCUGAGGAGCAGCAGAAGUCACCUGGGGAGGUGAUGGACCCCAGAGAGGCAGCCCAGGCCAUCUUCCCCUCCAUGGCCAGGGCGCUGCAGAAGUACCUGCGCACCACACGGCAGCAGCACUACCACAGCAUGGAGAGCAUCCUGCAGCACCUGGCCUUCUGCAUCACCAACAGCAUGACCCCCAAGGCUUUCCUGGAACGAUACCUCAGUGCGGGCCCCACCUUGCAGUAUGACAAGGAUCGAUGGCUCUCGACCCAGUGGAGACUUAUUAGUGACGAGGCUGUGACGAACGGGUUACGGGAUGGAAUUGUUUUCGUCCUGAAAUGCUUGGACUUCAGCCUUGUGGUCAAUGUGAAGAAAAUCCCGUUCAUUGUACUCUCAGAAGAGUUCAUAGACCCCAAAUCUCACAAGUUUGUUCUUCGCUUACAGUCCGAGACAUCGGUCUAAAAUUUCUAUACUUGUGGCUUUAUGAAAAACAGAAGAAGAAUAUAUAAAUAUAUAAAUAUAUAUACAUAUAUAUAUGUGUGUGUGUGUGUCCAGGGGGAAGUUCUUUUAUAAAGAUUUUUUUUUUUAUAAUUCUUCAAUACUGACUCAAACUGGCAGAGGAUAGACCAGUAUCCUUCGACCAUCUGCACUUUACUUGGAAGGAAGCAAGAGAUGUCCACCCGACAAGUGGCUGUUGGCAUCGGACUUUAAUAGACAGGACUUCUGAAGAAGCUGUUCCUUGGAGUUCCUGUGACAGCUGUAAACCAAAGUGUAGCUGCUGUGUCCUCGGGAGCCUCGCCUUAUAACUGGUCCCUGCCUGUGGCCCAGUACCCCACCAGCCUGUAUGUCUGGUCGACCCCCUUAUAGAUUCUAGGGGGACUCACUUUUAUUCUGCUUCAGGAAAUCAGACACUACGCACCCCCAUGUGUGUUUAUACAUGUAAUUACCCACAUCACCACACCACCCUGGGGAGUGAGUGGUGGGCAGUCCAGGAAAUGUCCGACCGCCUGAGUUUUUUGUCCUUCGUUGCCUUACAUUGUGAAGUGAAAGAACCUGACAGAAAAUACACACUGCCGGUUUACAGCUGUUAAGUGGCUUUCCAUUUUCCCCCCUGAGAGAGUCUACCUGCCCUGUUUCUGGCCUUGCUUCUCUGCUGGCCUGAGGUAGGUAGUUCUUCCCUAGCCCUGGGGUUGCCUACCUGGGCUUCACUCUAGCGCCUGCUCUCCUGAGCAUCUGAACCACAGACACACCUGGUGGGCAGCCCUGGCCAGGCUAGCUUGGCCCUCCGUCCAGAACUGACAGGGACUUGGCUUUCCAAGUAUGCCCACAAGCUCUUUGCACAGCCCCUCCCACAGUCUUCCUCUGGAGAAGUAGGGUAGGACCCUGGGGAUCCAUUCAGCUGCAGUGCCUCCUGUAGGCUGCAGCAGGAACCCGUCCACCCAAUCCUGCUUUGCCCUGCUUCACAUAAACCAGGAGAGACCAGCACUGUGACUCCCAGUUGGCAGGUGCCCUAUGUAGCCAUCCAAUUUCCCAGGGAGACGAGUAUUCACAAAGCUCAUGUGCCAAGCUGCCCUGCCACGGGAAAACCAAACAAUGCCCAGCACCCUGGCAACGACUGCUGUCCCAUCCCUGUGGUUUGUGACCACCACCACUGUGCAACUUACCACAAGUAAAAGGGCCUCUCUGCCCUCGCUGUAUACAUUACCCUUAAUUAUUGGUCAGGAAGAGAGAGGAGAAAAAGAGUGCUGCCGAGCUGGGGAAAGGGAGAGUAGGGGUCAGUGGUACAGUCCAGAUGGCACCUUUGUUGUCAGCAUGGUGUAGCUGGUUUCAGAGGACUAUGCCCCUGAUGUCCCUUUUGUAGACCUAGUGCCUCCUGGCAGAGCCUUGUGCAGGGGAGUGCCCGAGGAGCCAUUUCCUGACCCCUUGCAGUGGGCUGUCCUGGUCUCUGCUUGCCUACAUCCGAAGCAGUGCACCACCUAGUACUCUUUCCUUCCCCAGCUUCAGGGAUCUCGUUUCAGGAAAUGAGAAGGCUGUCAUCAUCUCCGUGCCCGUAUAUGUGUAUCCUUCCUGUACGCAUUUCACGAAGCACACGAUUUUGUCUGUCAUUAAAAAAAAAAAAAAUCCAAAUUGGCAUGGAAUAUUUGUGAUACACCUAUGCUUAGAAAAGCCAACGUUGUUCUUUGUUCAGUAACUUUUUCUCAGAAAGAUGUGCUGGAGAAGGAAGAGAAAUGUGUAGACAAUGCACAGAGCCAGGAUGCCCUGUGUUAACAGUGUGACUCUGUUUGACACACGCACACACAUACACACACACAAACACAUACACACACACAGUGUAACUGGGUGCUUUGGUCUUAAGUCUUUUCCUUUAGGUCCCUUCUACUGGAAGUUCCUCAGGUUAUCUUUCUCAGGAAAUAUUUUAGGAGAAUGAGGUAAGGAAUGGGCAGUGUGUAGAGGGUAAUGUCACAGCAUAGCUGCUCUAACCACGAAUAUCAUGCAGUUGUUAAGUGCCAUAAAUGUAAAUAAUGUAGAGUUAAAAGUAACACUGCUCGUCAGCAUCUUAAAAUACUGUGCUUCCAACCCUGGCUUGCAUCAUGGGUCUUUAAGGGUUUAAAUUGGAGUCAUGUGUUGAUAUGUGCAUUCCCAGCAGAGCAAAGAAAAGUUAAAAUUAAGGAAUUAAUUUAUUUUCCCUCCUGGCCCCUCUCCAUCUACUUUGCAUAGAACUUCAGACUUCCUGAAAUUAUUGUUUUGGUUGUAAAUUGAAUAUCGAUUUUUUUUCAAAACACUUAAGUUUGAAUCGAUUCCUGAAAGAAAAACAGAAAUCACAAGCAGGAUCCUUUAAAGUCUUUCUGCUCCCAGCAUUUUACCAGGCUGAGUCGAAGUGGAAAUGAUAUGGAGGAGAGUUUGUAAAGGAAAUGUGAAGUUGCAGAAAGCUGCACCACACAACUGAAGACAAUAAAUGUUUAUUUCAUUUCUUGAACCCUCAUAGCCUAUUCUUUUCAAAGGAUGUAAAUUGCUCCCCAAGGCUGGUAGGAUGCAUGAUCCUAUUAGAGGACACGGGAUUCCAUUACCUUAAAUGUUUAUAGAUUUCCCCCCCCUAUAACUUUCAACCUAAGUUAUUAAAAUUCUAACAUUAACUGUGAAAGAACUCAAUGAAGAGUGUAGGUCUGAGAUUGUUGUCUUCCCCCUGGUGAUUUUCAUUAUCUACAAAAAUAGACAACUUUUGUUCGGAAGUGUGUGCUUUAAAAAGAAAAAAAAAAGGCAAUCUUUAAUAGUCCUAGAACUGAAUGUUCAAGAAGUCUGCACCAUGGGGAUUAGAAUGGAUUUUAAGGUUCUAAGGCUCACACAUCCUUAGGUUAUCCAUGGAGUCAAGACGUUUUGGCUAAAGUUCACAAAAUAAAUGCUUAAAACC